CGGACGACCAUUUCUUCGUCCCGGUUACUAACAUCUACUCUGCACCACUGGAGACUCAUCUGCGGAGAAUCAGCCCGACCGGACCGACCCCGCAAUGGGCAACAUCCUACCAAUAUAGCAUCAUGCGGGCCUUUUGAUGACCCCGCAUGCUUCGGUACAACGAGAAGAUUGACUGUGUUCCUUGGGAUUUUCGUCUCGUUGAUGUGCUACAAUGUAGAAGUUCAAUCACAAUGGCGACCGAGACGAUAACAAGACCGGAAUCCUUAUCCAUCCCGAAAUGGUCGCAAGUCCCAGAGACCAAGCAUGACCUGGACUGGGCAGAUCUAGUGACGCUUGACCUCGGCAAAUUCGAUACACCAGGCGGAAAGGAGGAAUUGGCUGCUCAACUCUUCGACGCAGUGAACAGGAUAGGAUUCUUCUACAUCACCAAUUUCGGCCUGACCCAGGACGAAGUCGACCGUCAGUUCAGCUUGUGCAAGCAGGUCUUUGAUCUUCCUGCCGACGAGAAGAUCAAAUAUCGGGCCGACCUCGAGAACGGUGGGUACAACGGAUACAAGCCCCUCGGCACGCGGGAGGUCAAACCAGGCAUCCGAGAUAACACGGAGAUCUACAACAUCCCGAAAUUCACGGCACAGUACGAACGCGAACACCCGGCCGUCGUCAAGCAGCACUGGGACGAGAUCCAGCACUUCGCAAAGUACAUCCACUUCGAGAUUGUGCGGAAACUGUUAGUCCUCUUUGCCAUUGUGCUUGAGUUGCCCGAGGAUUUCUUUCUGAAGAACCAUCGCUACGAGGGAAAGAGCGACUGUCAUUUCAGGUACAUGAAAUAUCACCGUCGCACGCCGAAGGAGAAUACACAGUUAGACAAUGUCUGGGUCAAGGGCCAUACGGACUUUGGAAGUUUGACACUGCUCUUCAGACAACCCGUGGCCGCGUUGCAAGUCCGCACGCCCGAAGGUGAAUGGAAGUACGUCAAGCCGUACCCGGAGAGCAUCACCGUCAACAUAGCAGACGCCUUGCAAUUCUUGACGAACGGGUUCUUGAAGAGCAGUAUCCAUCGGGUGAUCGCACCGCCGCCGGAUCAGGCCCACAUCGACCGUCACGGGGUCCUGUACUUUGUGAGGCCGGAGGAUGACACCGAACUCGUUCCCAUCAAGAGUCCCGUCCUCGAGCGUCUCGGGUAUGACAAGGCGUUGGACCAGGCGACUGUGGGGCUGACAGCUGGGGAAUGGGUCAGGGCACGUGUCGCGAAGAACGUGAGCCGGCAAGGCAAGGAGGAGGAGUCGAUCAUCAAGGGUGUCAAAGCGAAGUACUACGACUGAACGGAAUCGAGCAUUAAGGAGCAUAGAUAUCAUAGCAGGUACCAAAGUCCGAAAUACAAUAAAACAAAGAA